GAGUAAGUGAGAGGCCAGGAAGGGCGGCGCACCGAGCCCCGGCAGGGAACAGCGGCGGCCCGAAGCUAGCGGAGGCUGAGAGAGGCGUGGGGAGCGAGGUCCCCGAGGUGGCCGCCGCUGUCUCCAAGCGGCCGGCGGCCCCGAGGGGAUGGGAGGCAGAGAGGCGGCGGCAGGCGGCUGCUCCCCGAGCUGGCUCUAAGCAGGCGCUCGCCCGCCCUCCAGCAGCCUGGGAUGGCAGCCCGAAAGAACCACCAUCCGGCCCGGGAGAGGUACCAGCUUCCUCCUGCUGCAGGGAACCAUAAAGUUCAACCUUGGACAGCAGUUACAAACCAAGCCUUAGAUGUCGCAUGGAGAACAGUAAAGGGACCAGUGAUGUUGGGCAUAUCAUUUCUUGCUGCUGCCCUCUGCCACUUCAGAAGCCUAUAUUCAUAUUUAGGACAUCGGUUAAAAUGGUGGAGUGGAUACCUGCAGAGAAAAUUCAAAAAAAACCUCAGCGUGGAGGCAGAAGUUGAUCUUCUUGGUUAUUGUGCAAGAGAAUGGAAAGGAGAAACAAGUCAAGCCAAGCUGAUGAGGAAGGCUUAUGAGGAACUCUUUUGUCGUCAUCAUGUAAAGUGCAUUCGGCAAGUCAGAGGAGACAACUAUGAUGCAUUAAGAUCAGUCCUAUUUCAGAUACUCAGUCAGGGCCUCUCUCUUCCAUCUUGGAUGAAAGAAAAAGACAUUAUCAAGCUUCCGGAAAAGCUACUCUUUUCGCAAGGUUGUAAUUGGAUUCAACAAUACAGUUUUGGCCCUGAGAAAUAUACAGGCCCAAAUGUGUUUGGGAAAUUACGUAAAUGUGUUGAAUUAUUAAAGAGUCAGUGGACAGAGUUUAGUGGUAUUAAGGACCAGCACAAGAGAGGGAACAUGUGUAACCGCCUUUUUUCUGAUGAGAGCCUGGAGUACAAGCUGUACGAAGCUUUAAAAUUCAUCAUGUUAUAUCAAGUCAUCGAAGUGUACGAACAAGUGAAGAGUGAAAAGGCCAUUCCCAGUCUUUACCGCCUCCUGUUUUCCAGGGAAACAUCCUCAGAUCCUUUAAGUUUCAUGAUGAAUCAUCUGAACUUUAUUGGUGAUACAUGUGGAUUACAACAGAUUGACAUGUUGAUUCUUGGACACUCUCUUGAAGUCAGAAUAAAAGUGUUUAGACUGUCUAAGUUUAAUACCAGAGACUUUCAAGUCUACUAUCCGGAGGAACGCCACAGAGAAUGGCCUGAGAUCUGCCUGCUGACUGAAAAUGACCGCCACUACCAUAUUCCUGUCUUUCAAGCGUGAGAUAGAAUUGAUACUAUUGCCUACAAUAGCAAUGAACAUGCUUAAAAUAAAGUAUUGCAUGAAAACCAAAGCUUUUAUCUGGCUACUGAAGGAACUGAACUUUUUUUCCCCUUCUGGAGUUAUAGGAAUGCUCUGAUGCAAUAGACCUAUGUUUUUCUUUUGGGUGUGUGGUUUCUUCAAAAGACACUGAAAACUAGGAUUUAUCGGGGUUUUUUUUUUGCUUAGGUCACAAGGGAUUUGGUUGUCCAAAAUACCUUUGAAUGGCACAGAAUGUUGACCAAAAUGAGCCUAUAGUUAACCCAGAAAAACUGACCUUUUAAAAGUCUGUAACCUGAAAAUGUUGGGACAUUGUUAACCCUAACCCCAGUAAAAGAAAAAUUCUUCUUGGGAAUCUUUCCAUUUGUUGAUUAUGGCCUUAGCCAUAUCAACAUUAUCAUCUCCAUACAUCAAGAAUCUCCAUGGCACUUGGUUUUCUAGAACCGUUUCCCUGAUUUUUUAAAAGGAAAAAAGAGCAUGCAAGUGGGGAAACUACUUUAAUGCUAUAUUGUAUGAAUUGUUUUAUAUUAUUUUCAACUUUUGUGGCUGGAUCUAAUUGGCUUAACAUUAUGUGUGCAAAAAUGAAUGUUCCUAUUAAAUAUUCUAUAGUUAAAACAAAUAGGAUACAGAUAGUAUACUGUUUCUGAAAUGUCAAGCUGUUAUGCAUCAUAUGCAUUUUUAACAUGGAAUUACAUGCUCUCUGAUGUUUCUCUUUGUAUCUAAUGCUAUUUUGAAUGACUGCAUUUUUCUCUGUCAUCUAUAUCAAAUGUCAUCAAUAUUAGACUCAAAGAAAUGUAAAUUUAUAAGUGAAAGCUUCUACCAGAUAUCUGCUACUUCGAAGUCAUUCACUUAAGGGAAGGCAUGAGGACUCCAUAGUUAUUCCUCCUUAGAUAUAGUAAGGAAUAGCUACUAUGAGAUGUAGGGAAAGUGGUAUGUUAGCAAGUAUUAUGGUCCAUGGAAAUCACACCCAUAGUUAAAAGAAUCUUAAUAUAAUAUUUUCAUAAAGUAAGACCCAUGAGAGAAAUCUCAUAGGUUAUUGUGUACCAUUGUAGUUCAUUGUUUCCUAGUUUAGCAAAAGAAAAUUUGAGUCAAGAGGAUUUGUAUUCCUUAUAUUCCAUAUAAUCCAGUUCAAUAUAUGGAAUCCAUGUGUUUGGAUUCUAUACAAUAUUAACUUUGUGAUCUCUAAGGCCCCCUAUAUCCCCCAAAUUCUGUGAUUCUAACUAAUAACUUUCAAAAUGCUUCCUAUCUGAAAAUAGCAAUUUUGAAGUAUGUACCAGUGUGAUGUAACUGGCUGGCUUUCUAUACUAAACUCAUGGUUUUCUACCUUUGGA